AUGUGCUCUACACAAAACGACCCCGAUAAAACUUUAUCAUCAUUGGUGUCUCACAAUGAAAAGGAAAUGGAUUUAUCUCGUGUAAAUAUUCAUCAAACAACUUCUUUUGAUCCCUCAUCAAACCAACAACAGUCUCAAAAUUUCUAUUCAGACAAAAAUAACAUCCAAGCAUUCGGUUCACAGACAGUUCGAAUACCAUCACAACAACAGCAACAUUAUUUAACAAAUAAUUCUCAAUCAUCAAACGUGUUCUUUUCACCGUAUCAACGACUCACUCCCUCUAAUCGUUUUUUCAACGAUUAUCGCCAUCAUUCCUGGAAUAAUUCAAAUAAUUUUAAUUCAAUGCGAAAACCAAGGCAUUCAUUUGAGAACUGGUUAACAACAGAUGAAUGGGAUUAUGACAAUGAUUAUGGACAGAGAGUAAGAUUUGAAACCCAAUUACCCAAACGAAAAUGGACACAAGUACAGCUUGAACAAAAAUUUUCUCACAGAAAUCAUUUUACCUUUAAAUUAAUCAGUUUCAAUGUUCUUUCUCAAGAUUUAUUAGAAGCAAAUGGUUAUUUAUACGCCGAUUGUAUAUCAGAGUAUCUAGACUGGAAUUAUCGGAAACAUGUGAUUAUAAAACAGAUUGUUGAUCAUCAUGCAGAUAUCGUGUGUUUGCAAGAAGCUCAAGAAGAUCAUUAUGAAAAAUAUUUCCGUGUAAAACUGAAGGAACAUGGCUACGAAUCAUUAUUUAUAAAACGAUCAGGAGGAAAACCAGAUGGUUGUGCUUUGUUUUAUAAAACUGAUCGAUUACAACUCAUUGAUCAUAAACUUGUUCCAUUUCAUUGUCCAACAAUUGAGCUAUUAGACAGAGAUAAUGUUGGUCUUGUGGCAUUAUUUCGACCUAAAACGAGCCGUAGUUCAUCUGAUGAUGCUUUUUGUGUUGCUUCUACACAUUUACUGUUUUCACCUAAACGUGGGGACAUUAAACUAGCUCAAUUACAAUAUUUUCUUGCUGAAAUUGAUCGCAUUUUAAUAAAAGACGAUAAUAUCAAUGUUGAACCAACAUAUUAUCCAAUUAUACUUUGUGGUGAUUUCAAUUGUCAACCCUAUUCACCAUUAUAUCAAUUUUUACUCGAUGGCUACAUUCAAUACAAUCAAUAUAAACGGAGUGAAAUAUCGGGUCAAAUAUUAUCAAAUUGUUAUUCGCUCAAUUUACCAUCAAAUGAACUUUUACCGUCAUAUUACGUUCGAUCUGACUGUCGAUUUCCAACUAAAACAAAAACAAUUGAUAUUAUUGAACAGAAAACAACAAAUAUUGUGUUAGACGAUGAAAAUCAAGAUGAAAUCAUAGAAAAAAAAGACUGUAUUCAAUUCAGCGAGUAUCUAGAUGCGAAUAAUGUCGACAAUCCAUCAGCAGUUUUAAUUCAUAAUAAAAAAUUUCAUUCUGUUUACGAACAUUUCAACCGUUCUAACAUACCUGAAGUAACAGCACAUAUCAAUCAUGAAAGUCACAACAUGGACUUCAUCUUCUACACAACCGGUAGUAGUGGACAGAAAACGGCAGCCAUAUCAACUAAUGAACAACAAAAAACGACAAUCAAUGAUCGUUUAUAUUUACUUGGACGUUAUAAUUUAUAUUAUCAAAAUCAAUUACGAAAUGUACAUUUGCCAAAUUGGCAAUUUGGUUCUGAUCAUUUUUUAUUAUUAGCUAAAUUCGCUUUAAAAUUACAACAUGUUUAA